AUGUCGGAAGCGAAGGAAGGACUGACAAAAAUGAAUAGUGACAUUAGUGACUUUACUAGUGCAUCGACACCACCACCGCUUGAUAAAGAUUCGCCAUCCUUUUUGAGUACGGAUUCCUCUGUUCAUACCCCUACCGAGGAAACUAUCAUAACUGAUCAUAUGAGAAAGGAAGAGGCCAAACUUAUUAAUGAAAGUGAGAAAGAAAAUCUUAAAAUUUUGAAAGAAAAGGCAGUGGCUGAUUAUGAUGCGCUAGUUGACAAGCAACGAGUUCAACGUCUGAAGUUCUUAUUGGAAAAAUCUUCGCUUUACGCACAAUUCUUGGCCAAUAAAAUGGAACGGCAACAGGAAGAACAACGCGAGCGUGCUCAAGUCGAAGAAGCAAAACGCGCUAACGCGAAAGAAAAAGUAGAUAAAAUAAAAUCUGGUCCAACGCGUCGAUCAUCAAGGAUUAGCUCAAAAGUCGCUGAUACUGGAUCGACCGAAUCACCUGCUAAGCCGGCUACAAAAAAGAAAAAUAACGUUGGAAAGAAGAGAAAAGCCGAUGACGCUAAUUACAGCAUAUCAGAUUACUUGGAUAAUAAUCAGGAGGUUCCUAAACGUCGUAAGAGUUCUGACUCUUUGACCGAUCUUGCAGGUACCUCAUCCCAAGUAGACCCCGGAGAUACUGAAGACGAUGAGCCCGUACCAGUUGUGAAAGACAAUGAUUUAGAACCAAAUCUUGUUAUUUCUGCUCGUCAACCACGAUUGGUUACUGGUGGUGUCCUCCGUGAAUACCAGUUAACUGGUGUUGAAUGGCUUGUUAGCCUGUAUGAUAAUGGGUUGAAUGGAAUUUUGGCCGAUGAAAUGGGCUUGGGAAAGACAUUACAAACUAUUGCUUUCUUGGCUUAUUUAUGGGAACGUAAAAUUUAUGGGCCAUUCUUAAUUGUCGCACCACUUUCAACAUUAGCAAAUUGGAUCAGUGAAAUUCACAGGUUUGCACCAACAAUACCUUGUGUAUUAUAUCAUGGUACACCAGAACAAAGGUCACAUAUCAGAAGUAGGAAGUUAAAAAAAUUGGAUCACACUUUUCCAAUUGUAGUUACAAGCUAUGAAAUUGCAAUGAAUGAUCGCAAAUACCUUCAGAAAUUCGCCUGGAAAUAUAUUGUUGUUGAUGAAGGACAUCGAAUUAAAAAUUUAAAUUGUAAACUUAUCCGAGAACUCAAGACGUAUCAAUCUGCAAAUCGUUUGCUUCUAACGGGAACACCACUACAAAACAACCUUGCAGAAUUAUGGAGUCUUUUAAAUUUUCUUUUACCUGAUAUAUUUGACGACCUAGAUAGCUUCCAAGACUGGUUUGACUUUUCUGCUCUUCAUGAGCAAGAUGGGGAAACACAGAUUCUGGCAAAAGAACAGUCAAAUGAAGUCGUAAGUAAUUUGCACAAAAUCCUAAAGCCCUUCUUGUUACGGCGCAUAAAAAGUGAUGUUGAAUAUGAUCUGCCUAAGAAGAAAGAAUAUUUGCUGUAUGCUCCGCUAACAUUACAACAGAAAGAGUUAUACGAUGCUAUUUUAAACAGAAAUAUUCGACCUUUUCUGCUAGCAAAAAAAAUGGAAACAAUGCACGAAAAUGGUUCUACCGAUAUGGAAAUAGAUGGUAAAGCGAUAUUGAUAAUUCAGUUUAAUUCAAUUUGUCAUUGUAGAUUGUCACCAUUAAUGUUGUAUCAUAAUACUUAUCCAGAAGUAGAACAAAAUAAGUCUGUUUCUGAGGAGAAAGUAAAUAGCCGUACAGAUGAAAAACAGGUUGUUUCUGAGGAGAAAGUAAAUAACUGUUCAGAUGAAAAACAGGUUGUUUCUGAGGAAAAAGUAAAUAACUGUACAGAUGAAAAACAGGUUGAAGUACGGGUCGAAGUAAAGGUCGAAAAACAGGUUGAAGAACAGGUUGAAGAACGUAGACAGUCUUUACGGACCUUGCCACGAAAAACAUACAGAGAGAUCACAGACAUUGAAUUCUUUGAUGCUUUGGAGGUGGAAGAAUCAGAGCCUGAGAUAGAUGAGGAAGAAGCAUUAAAAAAUUCUAUUAAAAAUGAAUUGGACAUUAAGGCUAGAAAAGCUGUAAAAUCGAUUAAUUCAAUGAGACUUCAGAAUGUAGUUAUGCAAUUACGCAAAAUUUGCAACCAUCCGUAUCUUUUCGAUUGGCCUGUUGAUAAAGAAACGGAGUUGCCGAAAGUCACUGAAGAAUUGGCAGCAGCAUCUGGAAAGAUGAUCUUGUUAGAAAAAUUACUUGAAGCUUUAUUUGAACGUGGUCAUAAAGUGCUUAUUUUUUCACAAUUUACUACCAUGCUUGAUAUAAUUGACGAUUGGGCUACUAUCUUCAAAGGUUGGAAAUUAUGUAGAAUCGAUGGUAGCAUAGGCCAAGAAGAUAGGCGACAACAGAUUCAUGACUUUAACACAAAUCCAGAAAUACGGCUUUUCAUUUUGUCUACUCGUGCUGGUGGAUUGGGUAUCAAUUUGACGGCAGCAGACACUGUUAUAAUUUAUGAUACACAAGAUCGAGUUCAUCGUAUCGGUCAAACAAAACCUGUUAUAAUUUAUCGACUAGUUACUGCAAACACAGUCGAGGGUAAGAUCUUGGAAAAAGCGACUGCUAAGAGAAAAUUAGAAAAGUUGGUUAUUCACAAAGGCAAAUUCAAGCUGCCUACGUCACGUGAACUCCCAAUAGCGAACUUAGCGGAACUAGCUGAAAUAUUAAUGGCAGAUGAUAGUGAAAAGUUUCAAUUGGCUCAACAUGGAGAUGCCGUAAUUCCAGAAUCUGAUUUAGUGCGAUUAAUGGAUCGAAGUGAUACAGCUUUCGAGAAAGUUGGUACUGCAGAGGCGCAAGAAGAAAAGGGUGUUAUGUUCAAAGUAAUUUCUGAAGUUAGAGAUGCGAACAAUGAUGCGCUUGCUCAAAUCAGGUUUGAUUUUGGUACACAAAAGCAUAAUAUUGAAUGA